GAUAAGCCGCUGACACCUUUACGGUCGGCGAUAAGGAGUUCCGGAGAUUUCUGCGGCUAUUAAUUGGCGCGCUAUCAGAGAUCGCUUAGUACCUGAGCGCUCCCUUUGCUGUUCGUCCGCUGCACUUGCCGUCGCCAAAAUGCCUACCGUGGAUACCAUAACCGACCUUGCCAACCGGUUCACCAAUGACCUGGAGGUGUGUCGCCGUGAGGACCGGGACUUCGAGAUCGCGAGUGAGCUCAAUGAAAUCGCGGACGCUGCAUUGGCAUCGAAGGAACCCAAGAUCGUGUCGGUGGACUUCCAGCCGAUGUUCAACGCCGUCAACCACCACUGCGAACUCUACGAACUGGUCGAGCGGCGCACCGACUGCCUGGUCGUCCGGCGGGGGGGGCUCCUCUCCAUGGUCGUCAAGCUCAACCAGAACGUCGCCCUCGCCUCCGAGCAGGAACUCAAGUUCUACUUCUCCUUCGGUUCUCGGCCCAACGUGGAGAAGGGGACACAGGCUCACCUCGUCGUCACGGGAAAACCCAAGAUUGAAAAAACCCACGAUGACUGGGACGUGAGGCUUGUCAAGGAGUCUGGCAAGAAGGCCACGAUUGAAGUGCAAAUCCCGACCGACGCUCCCGUGGGUGUGUGGAAGGUCGCGGUCGAGGUGAAGCGUCGGAACCAGUCGGGAGAGAGGCACCUACGACGCUUCGACACGCAUAUCUACAUCCUGUUUAACCCUUGGAAUGAGAAUGACGGCACAUACCUUCCUGAGGAAAAAAUGCGCCAGGAGUAUGUGCUUUCUGCCGUAGGCACGGUAUUCGUGGGUAGUUACCCGCACACCCGUGGCCGCCACUGGGCCUUCGGGCAGUUCGACGACGCUGUGCUGCCGGCGUGCAUGCUAUUGCUCGAGAGAUCGGGCGUCAGUGCCGAGGCGCGCGGGGACCCCGUGCGAAUGUCGAGGGCGCUCUCGAAGAUGGUGAACAGCAACGACGACGCCGGUCUCCUCGUGGGCAAGUGGGAUGGCGAGUACGAGGACGGCAGGGCGCCCGCCAAGUGGCUCGGUUCGAUCGAGAUUCUGGAGACGUACCUCAGGACACGGCAGUCGGUGAAGUACGGCCAGUGCUGGGUGUUCGCCGCCUGUCUCAACACCAUAUGUCGCGCCCUGGGUAUGCCAUGCCGUGUCGUGACCAACUUCGCCUCUGCACACGACACCAACAUCUCACUCUCCAUCGACGAAUAUUUUGACGAGGACGGCGACCAGAUCGAAGAAAACGAUCGCUACGUCAACCCAGCUGGCAUCCGGGACUCCAUCUGGAACUUCCACGUUUGGAAUGACGUGUGGAUGGCCCGACCUGACCUGCCUGAUGGCUUCGGAGGCUGGCAGGUCAUUGAUGCCACGCCACAGGAGACAAGCGAUGGCUCUUACCAGUGCGGUCCAGCUUCCCACGAGGCCAUCAGGCAGGGCCGCGUCGACUUGAAAUACGACGUGCCCUUCGUGCUGGCCGAGGUCAACGCCGACGUCGUGCGCUGGCAGAAGGACGACCAGGCGGAGGGAGGAUUCAAGAAGCUGGCGACGCAGACGAGCAGCGUGGGCCGCCUGAUCCUGACGAAGAAAGCCGGUCCAGUGGCCACAGGAGGAUUCUUUAAGUCGGACCGCGAAGACAUCACGUGGGAAUACAAACCCCCUGAAGGAACCAGAGCCGAGAGAGUCAGCAUCCUCAAUGCCGCCCGAAGGACCCGCACCGCUCGCCAAGUGUUCGACAUGCCGAGCGUGGCCAAGGAGGACGUGGCCUUCAACAUCGAAGACCGAGAUCAGGUCCCCAUCGGCGAUAAUUUCUCUGUCACGAUUACCGCUACGAACACCAGCAACGAGGUGAGGACGAUCAACGUAGUGAUGACCUGCGCCAGUAUGUACUACACGGGAGCCAAAGCCCACACAAUCAAGCGCCAUGACGGGGAGCUGCACCUGGAGCCCAACCAGACCAAGACUAUGUCCAUGGAAGUGUACUACUCUGACUACUACUCGAAGCUAGUGGACCAUGACCUUAUCAAAAGCAUUGUCAUCUGCAACGUGAAUGAAACGACACAGUGCUGGGGCGGCGAAGACAACCUGGAGGUUCACAAGCCUGAUAUCAACAUCGAAGUGUUGGGACCGGCCGUGCAGGGUAAGGCUGUUCCCAUAAGGGUGUCCUUCGACAACCCUAUUCCACUGUUGCUGAAAGAGUGCAAUCUGAAGCUGGACGGGCCGGGGCUGAUGCGUCCGAGGACAGUUCCACUCGAAAACAUCCCCUCCAAAGGAAAGAUGAAGUUUGAGAUGAACCUGUACCCGAAAAAGGCGUUGGAGUGUACACUGAUCGUACAGUUCAACAGUAGGGAACUGUGUAACCUCACUGGUGCUAAGAAGAUUAACGUAUCCAGUGCUUAAAAUUGGAGACAAAUUCAUUUUUGUGUGUGUGUGGUCCGGGGACUAAAAAAACUAAACCAAAGAGAUAUUCCUUUUCCUGUUUGUUGUUUUACGCUUAUGUGUAGCACCAUUCUGCUACUAACAAUGUUGAGCAGUAAGUACCUUAGAUAAAACUUAUAGGAUUUAAGAACAGCAUUCUGCAUACGUAUUUACCAAGAGCUUUGGUAAUGAUUAUGUGAAAUGUACUUAUUGUUUUUAUGUUUUUGCUUCAUGUUUGAAUUAGCUAUAGGUAAGCUAAUAAAAACUUACAGUAGCUUAAUAUUUGUUUGAGUAAUAUAUUAAAUAAUGGUCAAAUGGCCUGAUUGACAGAAUGUCUGAUACUAAUAUCUGAAAUUGAAAAUGAUAUUAUAGUAUCCCAGUAAACUAUAGUAUAAUUAAUGCAAGACUUUAGUUUUAGAACUACGAAGAAAGGCAUCCUGGCUUAUCCUUGCAAAAUCCCAGGAAAUAACAUGGGAAAAUUUUGUUUAAAGCAAAUUAAUAUUUUGUUUUUUGUAAUUUCUUUUCAGUUCGAAGUGUAAGAAACAUAUCAGAUUACGUUUAGUUUGAAACGGUUGUAUUGCUGAUGUCAAUUGCUUCUUUAAUAAAUAUGUACCAAAAAUCAA